AUGUCCGUAUCAUCCUUCUCGUCGUCAGAUCGCAGCACAUCAUCCUCGUCAUCAUCAACAGCACCAUCCACACGCGCCUCCCUCACCUCAUGGGACCGUUACCUCCACAACCUCCACACCCACACCCAAACACAGGCCGAGAACGACGCCUACAACCGCGCCAUCCACAUCAGCCACCUCAUCAGAUACUACGGCCACAGCGACUGGACAUGCGUACCCGCGCUCGAAGACAGCGACCUGAGCGUGCACGACUUCAACGAGGUGCUGCACGGUCCGCGCGGCGGGAAGUAUGUACUGCGGCAGUGGGUCAUGUUCGGCGACGGCGAGCGCGCCUUCGAGGUUUGCAGGAGGGGGGGACGGAGAGUCUACGCGUCCGUUGAGGCGGGGAUAAAGAAGGGCCUGGCGGAGGACAAGAGGCGGAGGGAGGAGGAGGAGCCAGUGGAGGAGGCGAGGCGGGCGGAUCGGGGGCGUGGAGGGCGGGCGAGUGGCGAUGUGGGGAGGGGUGAGGAGGGCGAUGCGGACAGAGCGCGGGAAAGGAGGGACACGUUGGCUGGAUCGCGAUUUCCAGUGUGUCGAGACGAGCUGGCGGACGCUUCGCUGUGUCGAUGGUCUGAGCGGACGGGUGCAGAGGCAACAAUAGCGCAACAGCUGGAGGACCUGAUGUACUAUUGA